GGGCCGACCCAGUACCCAUUUGCGACUUUCUCUCCCUCUCCCUUCCCCGAGUCAAUGUCCGCGUCCCCUUCCAUGGGCGUUAGGGUUUAACUCCGACUGCUCGAUCUCCCCAGUCCCCACUACCGCCCUCGCCGGCGUCGAUCCGAUACGGCGUGCCUGGUUGCUGCACCAUGGGGUACCUCCAGGAGGCCAGGGAGAAUCACGUCAAGAAGAAGGUGGAGGAAGCUUUGCGCAGCAAAAUGAAACAGAAGGCCCUUAAGGAAUGUGAUUUCUACUGCUCAAAAUAUGCUGAGUGUGCUCGAGGAAGAACUUUUUCUGUAGUAUGGCAAUGCCGCAAACAAGCAAAAGAGUUGAACGAUUGCCUUCAUCAAUUCACAAACGAUGCAGUCCUGGAAGAAAUGAAGAAAGCUUACAUGGUUGAGCAAGAGAGCAAGGAAAAGAACCGAUAAGCAUUAUGCAAUGGCCAAUGGGUUUCUCCAUGCUUGUACGUACAUUGCUCCUUUUGGAAUUCGGUAGUUGCCUACUGGUUUUCUUAAUUGAUUUUAUGCUGAGUUCCUGGAGACUUGAAAACAUUGAUUUUGUUCCACAUGCAUAAUCUGGUAUAAGAUCAAGGUCCCUGUGCGAACGCCCCCUUGAAUUACUAUAUAACUUAUAGCUGCCUGCAGCCUUUUGUUA